UCGGAGAAGCGCUAACAGGACAACGGUUCAGGCCAAUCGCAGUGAGGCCUGUGGCGGCAGCGAGACUAGGGUGGAGACUUCGGAGACUGCAGUUGCAGUUCUAAGAACAAUUGGAAUUGGCUAUGGAUAAUUCAUAUCAUCUCAACCAACGAAACUCAUGUAAUGGACUUCCAUCUGAGAAGAAAAACAACUUCCUUGUGUCUGAAGAUCAUGGACAGAAAAUCUUAAGUGUACUACAGAAUUUUAGAGAACAAAAUGUCUUUUAUGAUUUCAAAAUAAUCAUGAAAGAUGAAACAAUUCCAUGUCAUCGUUGUGUCUUAGCAGCAUGCAGUGACUUUUUCAGGGCCAUGUUUGAAGUGAACAUGAAAGAGCGAGACGGUGGGAGCGUCACCAUCACUAAUCUGUCCUCCAAAGCAGUAAAAGCGUUUCUUGACUAUGCCUACACUGGGAAAACCAAGAUAACGGAUGAUAACGUGGAAAUGUUCUUCCAGUUGUCAUCAUUUCUUCAAGUUUCCUUCCUAGCCAAAGCUUGCAGUGACUUCUUAAUAAAGAGUAUUAACCUUGUCAAUUGUUUACAGUUAUUAUCGUUGUCAGACAGCUACGGCUCUCCCCGCUUGUUUGACCACGCGCUGUACUUUGUACAGCACCACUUUUCCUUACUGUUUAAAUCCAGUGAUUUCCUAGAGAUGAACUUUGGAGUACUGCAGAAAUGUCUGGAAUCCGAUGAACUGAAUGUCCCUGAAGAAGAGACUGUACUGAAAGUGGUCCUUAGCUGGACCAAACACAACUUAGAAUCAAGGCAAAAGCAUCUGCCUUAUUUGAUUAAAAAAGUUAGAUUACAUCAGUUAUCCGAGGAGACCCUUCAAAACUGUCUGCUCAACGAAGAGUGUUUACUCAAAAGCACAAACUGUUUUGACAUAAUCAUGGAUGCUGUUAAGUGUGUGCAAGGUUCUGGUGGACUCUUCCCUGACGCUCGACCAUCCACAACUGAAAAAUACAUAUUUGUUCACAAAACUGAGGAAAACGGUGGAGACCAAUAUACCUUUUGCUACAAUAUAAACAGUGACUCGUGGAAAGUGCUGCCACAGUCACACCUGAUUGACUUGCCAGGGUCUAGUCUGUCUAGUUACGGAGAGAAGAUAUUCCUGACGGGCGGGUGCAAAGGGCCGUGCUGUAGAACGGUUCGGCUUCAUAUCGCAGAGUCCUAUCAUGAUGCGACUGACCAAACCUGGUGCUACUGUCCAGUGAAGAACGAUUUCUUCCUGGUAUCAGCUAUGAAGACACCAAGAACCAUGCAUACAUCAGUUCUGGCUCUCAACAGAUUAUUUGUCAUAGGUGGAAAGACCAAAGGGUCUCAGGACAUUAAAAGCCUCUUAGAUGUCGAGUCUUACGACCCUCUUUCUAAAGAAUGGAUGUCUGUCAGCCCGUUACCCAGGGGCAUAUACUACCCUGAAGCGAGCACCUGCCAAAAUGUCAUUUAUGUUCUUGGGUCAGAGGUAGAGAUUACAGAUGCCUUUAACCCGUCACUUGAUUGCUUUUUCAAAUACAACGUGACCACCGAUCAGUGGUCUGAACUCGUAGCAGAGUUUGGGCAGUUUUUUCAUGCGACACUAAUCAAAGCUGUCCCAGUAAACUGCACACUGUACAUAUGUGACCUUUCCACCUAUAAGGUUUAUAGUUUUUGUCCAGAUACUUGUGUCUGGAAGGGUGAAGGCUCUUUUGAAUGUGCAGGCUUUAAUGCAGGCGCAGUUGGAAUUGAAGACAAAAUUUAUAUCUUGGGUGGCGAUUACGCACCAGAUGAGAUCACAGAUGAAGUACAAGUCUACCAUAGUGGCAGAUCUGAGUGGGAGGAAGUCUCACCCAUGCCACGAGCCUUAACGGAAUUUUACUGCCAGGUGAUUCAGUUUAAUAAAUACAGAGACCCAUGGUUUUCUAAUCAUUUCUGAAAGGCGUAUGUGCUUAGACAUCCUAAAACUAUCCCAGUUCUAGAAGCCUACCAUAAAUCUGUUAAGCCUAAUAGCUGGUAAAAAGGUCUUUACCUCUUAGUAAAAUAAAAUGUACCUUCUGCUAGAGAAUUACUAUGAACGUAUAGCAUAUAUGACUUAGCGGUUGCUGGAAACUUAAAUACAAGAUACAUUUACCAAAAAAUUAUAUCGAAUAUAAUUUAAUCCUGGAGAAUCCAGAAUACUUAGUAUUUUCAUAUGUAAAUAAGACUCAUAGGCAUUGACGUCUUGAUUUUGAGAGUAAUUUAUCCGUGAAAGACUAGUAAGAACAAAUCAGUGUUCACAGAUUUGUACUAUUUAGAGGGGAAAAAAAUCUCUGUAGGUAGUGAAAGUGAAUUAUUUGCACACUAUAUUAUAUGAAGUGAAAAUUAAGUUACAAAGAGGUGAGAAGCCUACCUUGUUACUACAGGUGUAAGAGUUACUGAAUUCCCGUCCUUUCUGAUCACUGCUUAGCUUCUUUUAAGCCCCUCUUCCUUUUUUCACCAUCAUUUUUUUUGGUCAGAAAUUUUUCUAAAAUGCAGUGUAUUUCCCAGCCUUCUAAACUUGCGCUAAACGUGGCUUGACACUUUUUACGAUUCAACUCUUCAUUAGGAGCAUAAUGUACCAUGUUAUAAUGCCAUAAUGCCAUUGGCAAUUACUGGAAUGCUUUUAAAAUUGCUGGUUCUGGUAGUCCUCUGUGCUGGUUGGUUUCGAUUUCUGGUGGCAGCAUAUCUUACUUAUUUUCUGGCUGAAGCUCAGUAAAUGAACGUUCUUGAUUUAAUGACUACUUGUAAGUUACACCCCCUCUCAGUCUAUCUUUACAUGUAACCCACUGGGUGAAGUUUUGGGAUUCUGGGAUGGUAGUCCUAACAAACAGUUUCUGUAUCCUUGCCACAUUCCAGCAUAAUUGAGGACGCAGCAAAUCUGAUCCCUAGAUAAGUGUAUCAUUCUGUUGCAUUUCUUAAAUUUGUAAAUAUCCAAAUUUGAUCUGUAGUAAGAAAUUUCUGUGCUUCAGUUAGUACCGUAUCAGUUUUCCUUGGUGAUAUAUCCCAACUAUAAAGCACCGUGUGGGUUUACUAUUUUCAUAAGAUAUUCAUAGUGAAUUAUUUUCUAAAUUUAAAAAACUCACUAGGUUUUUGUAUUGAUCGCAUUCGCAACCCAUAUCCGUUAAGAUGUUUAAUCACCUUUAACCCCAGUAAAGAAAGAGUAGCAAUCAUCCUUGCUCUGAGGUGUGACAAGAUUGCGUUGCAAAAAGAGUAUGUUUCUUUCCUAAGUUUAAAAGAUGUAACCAUAUUAGGUUUUAAAAGUGGAAAUAUACCUAAAUGAAGGUCCUUUUAUUAUGCCAUAUAAAUUUAUUGUAUAAGCUUCAAAUGUUUUUUUCAGAAUAGAACAGGAUAUUAGACUACAUUACCCUGCAAUUCCAAAAUCAGAGACUAUCCCUAAUCAGAUGACAGUUGCCUGAGAAGCAUUCUGUCAAAUUGGUGGUCUUCUUUCUUCCCUAAGUUGGCUCUGCUGUGUGUGUGUGUGUGUGUGUGUGUGUGU